UCACCAAGGUCUUUUGGGUGGCUGUGAAUUAGACUCUUAAUGUGAAGAGGUUGUUCCAUGUCUCCCAAAACACACGCUGGCAUACAAUGAAAUGAACGCAAAGCUCAGGCUUAAAGAGAUAUAGAAAGUGGUUGUGAAAAACACAAGUUCAGGAAUCUUCAGUUGCCAUGUUUCAUCGCUGGAACAAUUCUCCUAAACAAGAUCAUGAAAGCAACGAGCUUUAUGCUGAGUCCAAGAUUAAAGAGCUUAAGGGUGAAAUUGGACCCUUAUCAGGACGUAGCUUGAUGUAUUGCACUGAUGCUUGUUUGAGGAGAUAUUUGGAAGCUCGAAACUGGAAUGUAGAUAAGUCCAAGAAGAUGUUGGAGGAGUCACUCAGGUGGAGAUCAACCUUUAAGCCUGAGGAAAUUCGCUGGCAUGAGGUUGCAAUGGAAGGAGAGACAGGGAAAUUGUAUAGAGCAAGUUUUCAUGAUAGACAAGGAAGGACUGUUCUUAUUUUGAGACCUGGAAUGCAGAACACUGCUUCAAUAGAGAAUCAGAUUCGGCAUCUUGUGUAUCUUUUGGAAAAUGCCAUGCUUAACCUUCCACCGGGUCAAGAACAAAUGGCAUGGUUAAUAGACUUCACUGGGUGGUCAUUGACCAAUAAUGUGCCCAUUAAAUCAGCUAGAGAGACCAUCAACAUUCUGCAGAAUCAUUAUCCUGAGAGGCUUGGCAUAGCAUUCCUUUACAACCCACCUAGAGUAUUUGAAGCUUUUUGGAAGAUAGUCAAGUACUUCUUGGAUAACAAAACAUUUCAGAAGGUGAAGUUUGUCUACCCCAAAAAUAAAGAUAGCGUGGAGCUCAUGAAGUCUUAUUUUGAUGAGGAGAAUCUUCCCAAAGAACUAGGUGGAAAAAGCAUAAUGACUUAUAACCAUGAGGAGUUCUCCCGAUUAAUGGUUCAGGAUGAUUUGAAAUGUGCUGCCUUUUGGGGAUCUGAUGACAAGCUCUCAAACCACAUUGGGAAUGGGCAUUCUGCAGUAGAGUUAGCUCCAGGGCCAGUUUGCAAUGAAACCCCAACAACAUGAGGCGUGUUAAUAUAGUGUAGAAUAUAUGAAUAUUAAUCGUUGUAUACCCUUUGGCUCCGGGCAAGCUAGGACUAAGGGCAUCCCCAGUUUGGUUAAUGACUGCUGAGAGGGGUUUAUUAUAUACAUUUAUCCUUAAUUUAGUGCUUCACAAUUCCAUCCUGAUAUGCUACACUUGUUCCAAAGCUGGCAGACAUGUAGUUCAAGCAGAGGGGCUAGUGAAAACAUGACAAUGGCAAUAUUGUUUUU